UUUGGAAUUUUUGUUAGUAGUAGCUGUUAAAAGUGCAAAACAAAAACAAACAAACAACACCGUUCUAGUGCCUAAGAAUUAAACAUCAAAGAAGUGAAAUGUGUUAUCAUCAGUGUAUUAAGCGGCUUAAGUGAACAUGAAUGACUAGGAUCGUGACGCAGGAUUUGUUGGACUUCUUUUUCGAAGAAAAAACAGUAACUAUUAACUGCUCCGGAUAGUACUAAAAAAUUCGAGUGCAUCAUGAAAACGGGAUUCCAAUUUAUUCCGGAGAAUCGGCCACUCCUCUACAUACCGGCGUCAAGAUUCUUCUGGGAAGCACCCACUGCACCCAACACAUCCCUCUACAACUAUCCGCUGGAGCUGUGGAGUACGAUACCGGAGUCGGAGCUGAUCGUGAAGCUGUGCGUCUUCCUUCCCAUCAUCGUGUUCGGGCUGCUCGGCAAUGGUAUCCUGCUGGAGGUUAUCUUCUCCAAUCGCACGCUACGCACACCCAGCCACCUGCUGAUAGCGAACCUGGUGGUGACCGAUUUUCUCACCCUGCUCGUGUGUCCGCUCUUCUUCAUGACGCACGACUUCUUCCAGAACUAUCUGCUCGGACCGGUCGGCUGCAAGCUGGAGGGGCUUAUAGAAGGUGGUCUCCUAGUCACUUCCGUCCUCGGGAUGUGUGUCAUCAGCUACGACCGACUGUCGGCCGUCGUACUGUCCUCCGGCACCCGUCUGAAAGGACGCGGCACCGUAGCAGCGAUUGUGUUCUGCUGGCUGAUGGGAUUCAGCAUUGCGAUGCCACUGUCCCUGUAUCGUCACUUCAAAAUUCGCCACUGGAAGGAUGUGGACGAGAUGUACUGCUACGAGGAUCGCUCCGUACUGGCCACGUACUGGGAGUUUCUGCUGGUCAUGCUGGUGUGGGUCCCGCUGGGCGUUAUGUUGGUAGCGUACACACUGAUCAUCGUUAAGCUGGACCGGUACGAACGGAAUGCCCUUCGCCGGCAGCAUCCGAUGGUAGUGCGGUACAAGAGCCGGGUGGCCAAAACGCUCUACAUUGUGCUGCUGGCGUUUAUCGUCGUCCGGGUGCCCUUCACCAUCAUGGUGUUUGUGUACUACAACAUCGAACCUUUGGACCAUUUUCAGUUUAGCGAAAGUUUCAUAUUUGUCUGGUGGCUUGCGAAAGUGGCGUUCAUCUUUCUAAAUGCUGCCAUCAAUCCGCUCAUCUACGGACUCACCAACAAAACGUUCAAAAAGGCACUUCGCGGAUCGAAGAUUUUGCAGUGCCUUUGUCGGUUGGCCCCGGAAGAGCCGGAACCGACACAAACUCCUGCAGAUCCCAGCAAAUCAACGAUCUGUUGCUGUUUUUCGAGGACGAAUUCGGAAGAAAUGGAACAAUCAUCGCAGGAUGAUAAGAUACUUGAGCGGUCACGAUUUUCAAGAGUGAGCAGACAUUUCCGGGCAACGUGGCUCAACUCGACAUUUAGGAACAAGCAUCCUAAAAAUGAAACAACUGUAGACGAUAAAUCAUAAAUGGAGCAUGAUGAUAAAAAGAAUUAUUUUUAAUGGUUAUAGAUUGCUUAUCAGGAACAGCAGAACAGUAAUAGAUCCGGUGUACAACGAUAGAUGUAUUAUAGCACGCAUUUGUUUCAUCUUCUCUUGGCUAUAACUCCAAGAUUUGGCCAAGGAAUUGCCAUAUUUCUAUUUAUUUAAACAUAUGAGUAUGCUGGAAGUUAAUUUCAUGUUGAAUAAAUAGCUAUUUGUAGCCGUUGUAUAAGCGGAUAGCACAGCACGUGGAUUCAUUCCCAGUUUAUACUUAGCAAAUAAAUUACCUCCGGGUAUGCAAUCCGCACGACACAAA